GGCAGUGAGGAGCUUGGUGUCGGACCCGUCCGGCUCAUCCCGCCCCCGGGACCCCCGGCCAUGGAGGGCCCGUGGGGGUGGGCGUUGCUGCUGCUGCUGGGGCUGCUGCCUCUGCUCCUGCUCCUGCUCCCGGAGCUCAGCCGCACCGUCAAGUUCCAGCUCAAGAUCGGCUUCUACUGCCUGAUCUGCCUGGUGGCCUCCGGGGUGGCCUCCCUCUUCUGCCUCCUAAGGCACGGCGGAAGGACCGUCGACAACAUGAGUAUCAUCAAGAGGUUUGUCCAGACCUUCAAGUAUAUCUAUGGCCUGAAGUUUGAGCUGAAAGGCUUGGAGAAAUUUGAGAUGAAAGGACCCUGCGUCAUCAUCUCCAACCACCAGAGCAUUUUGGACAUGAUGGGCCUGAUGGAGAUUCUCCCAGAUCGAUGCAUCCAGAUAGCCAAGAAGGAGCUGAUGUACAUGGGCACCGUGGGCCUAAUAAUGUACCUCGGGGGUGUCAUCUUCAUCAACAGGAAGCGGACCAGCACCGCCAUGUCCGCUCUAAUGGAAGUGGGCGACACCAUGGUGAAGGAGAAUCUGAAGGUGUGGAUUUACCCCGAGGGAACCCGGAAUGGAAAUGGAGACUUGUUGCCCUUCAAGAAAGGGGCCUUCCAUCUGGCCAUUCACUCAAAGGUUCCAGUCAUCCCUGUGGUGUAUUCAUCUUUCACAUCCUUUUACCGGCCAGAAACAAAGCUUUUCACAUCAGGAAAGAUCAAGGUUGAAGUCCUCGAUCCCAUCGAGACCAAAGAGAUGACAGCGGAGAACGUGCCUGAGCUCAUGGAGAGGUGCCACUCCAUCAUGCGGGAGAGCUUUCUCAGACUAUCCGAUUUCCCGAACAAGGCCAAUGGGGCCCAUGGGACCACCUCUGCCCCAGCACAGUAGCCUAGGCCCAUGUAUAAGGGAAGUAGGGCAGGAUGGUUGUGGGGGUUGGGGGCUGAGAGCAGGGGCUUCUCUGGGUCACCAAAUGUUAAGGGCUAGCUCCUUAGCCCCUCCCACUCUCACCAAGUACCCCACCUCCAUCAAGGCAAGUGUCUUCCUCUGGCCUCCCACGGUUCUGUUAAUGGAAGCCGAUCCUCCCCAGAUGGAAGGAUUUGACGCUGCCGUCGGCCAGCUCUGUCCUGUGUCUCACAAAGGUCCCAUUCUCCUCACACCCCCAAUUUCCUUCCUCUGGGGUCUUUGGAUGCUGAGACGUUCCCUCCGGGGCUCCAUCUUUGCCUCUGUGAGGAAGCCCAGGUGGUGGACCCCCAUCCCUCCCAGCCCACCGCCCACAUUGAGGCAGCAUUUCUCUCUAAGGGCAAGGCCCAUUCCAGGUGAAUGGAAAGAAGGUGUGUGUGUCUGUCUGUCUGUCUUUCACCCCCACUACACCUCCAGCACAAACGAUGGCAUAAACAGAGCCUCCUGGCCUCAUGCUCCCGUCCUGGGGUUCUAGGUGUUAUAACCACAGCUCUGGAACUGUUGAUCAAUCAGAAAACUGCGUCUUGCUCAGAAGACUGGGGAGCAUUAAUGGACGCUUAUUGUGCCUUCCUCUUCCUCUCUCCUAGCCAUGGCCCUGAACUGCCUCCUCCCUGCAGCCACCUCCCAGCUGGCUAGCCCGCUACGUGGAGUCAGACCACCCAGCUAACCAGAGUGGGGGAUGGGCUGGGGGUUGUGCUUCAGAGGGCUAAAUUUAGGCCCCUGCACGCACUGUUCUUUCAGGCACGCAGGCAGUGAGGCAUUCUGGUGGGUAAACAGACCCUGUCCUGUGAGCACCCAAGAGGGGAGGUAUGCACCAGUCCUUGGGCAUCCUUGUCACUUGUCCCCCUUUCUGGCAGCUGGCACAGGCUAGAUGCCA